CUGUCCGGUGGGAUUAGGUUCUUGGCGGCCACCGGCGGCGGCGGGAUUUGUGGUCCUCGGAUUUCCGGCGAGAAAAUGGCGAAACGUGGAUAUAAGCUGCGUAUCCUCUCGGGUUGUCUGUUUAAUAUUGAUAUUGUGCAGCUGGAAGCAAAGGAAUUUGUGGCACAUGCGGGGAAUGUGAAUUGCCUGACCUUCGGCAAAAAGAAUUGCCGAGUGUUUGUUACAGGCGGAGAUGAUCAGAAAGUGAACCUCUGGUCAGUUGGCAAGCCGGCAUCUCUAAUGAGCCUGUGUGGUCAUACAAGUCCAGUUGAGUCUGCAGCUUUUGAUUCAGCCGAGGUUUUAGUGGUAGCUGGAUCUUCUUCAGGGGCUAUAAAAUUGUGGGAUUUGGAAGAAACAAAAAUAUAUGUCACCCCACCUGAAGACCAAGCUCAGCUAGUUGAUGCAAAUUUGGAACAAUGCAUAUGCCUGUGUAGCCUCUCAUCUAAAAACCACCUCAAACUCAGAAGGCAGAAGGCCUGGGGCAAUGCCCUUCUCGUUCAUUGGAUCCCAAAUAGCAUGAACGGGUGGUCCUCACUUUACACAAGAAUUUCUCAUGUGAGAUCUCGGUCUUCAGGUGGGGGUGUAUACCCCAACAAUGCACGACACACACGUGAACCAACUCCGUACAAAGUUGCUUACGAGGGGUCUACUUAUUAUCGAUUGCAUUCUUUCAUUCUUCACUUCACUGUGAGGUAUGAUGUGGUCCGCACUCUAACUGGGCACAGAUCCUACUGCACGGCUCUCGAGUUCCAUCCUUUUGGUGAGUUUUUCGCAUCUGGUUCGAUGGACACUAAUCUAAAGAUAUGGGAUAUUAGAAAAAAGGGGUGUAUACACACUUACAAAGGCCACACGCGCGGGAUAAGCACGAUAAGAUUCACCCCUGAUGGUCGAUGGGUAGUCUCUGGUGGAUUUGAUAAUGUCGUUAAGGUGUGGGACCUUACGGCUGGAAAGCUUCUGCACGACUUCAAGUUCCAUGAAGGGCGUAUCCGGUCUAUAGAAUUUCAUCCGCUCGAGUUUCUGUUGGCAACAGGUUCGGCUGAUAAAACUGUGAAGUUUUGGGAUUUGGAGACGUUUGAGAUGAUUGGAUCUGCAAGACGUGAGGCUUCAGGAGUAAGAUCAAUUGCCUUCCACCCUGAUGGACGAACUCUUUUCUGCGGAUUGGAUGAUAGUCUAAAGGUUUACUCAUGGGAGCCUGUAAUUUGCCAUGAUUCAAUCGAUAUGGGAUGGUCAUCACUUGGAGAUCUUUGCAUUCAUGACGGGAAACUUUUGGGCGGUGCAUAUUAUGAAAACUCAGUCGCAGUUUGGGUUGCAGACAUCUCGCUUAUCGAGCCAUAUGGGACAAAAAUGGAUCCCAAAUGCAACAGCAAUGCAAACAUUCAACAGAAAGAGGAAAGCCAUAUCAAGUCAAAGUCGAGCGUUCGGUCAACCACGCCCGACACUGAUUCCAAGGACAUCAAAACUAUAUACGUUGACCCUGCAGGAGUGAAGUCCGUCACUCCAAAGACAGAGGAAAUCAAAACCGUUGGAGUCCAAAAACGGGCCAAUAGAUCUCUCGUCACACCUAACAUUGUGCCUCGUGAUGGACCUGAUGGGAAAGUUCCGGUAGCUUCUAGAAGGGAGUCCAUGUCAUCGGUUAGGGCAGUCGGGGGCACGUCUUUGAAGCCGACUCAUGCUCGGAGGUUAUCGGCCAGCCGGAUUGAUAUCAAAAGAAUGUCGGCUUCACUUGACUUCGUACCUCAAGAUAGUAGUGUGAAAAGCGCUUUUGACGGUAGUAAAAAGGACAAGAACAUUUGUAAUAACAGGCCAGUUGCUGAUGAAAAUAAUGCCAAGGAAUUGUCCGAGGUGAAAAGAUCGGAUAUAAAGAGUGUUGAUGAGAAGUUUGAUAGGCCUUCUUCACCGGCCACAUCAUCAGUGGCCAUUGUGCAUGGAAGGACACGAAGCUUAGUCGAAAGGUUUGAGAGAAAGGAAAAGGUUGAAGUGGAUGAAAUUCACACGGCCAAUGGGCCAUCUGAUGUUGUUAUUGGGCCUAUGGACACACAAACACCACCCAUUCGGCCCAUAUCCCCAUCUGCAUCCCCACCUGCACCCUCGUCACAGAAUGAUGACCGAAAAAUUGAUAUGAGAGAGCAAUCAGCUUCAGCUUCGGAUGAAAAUGCAUUCAUUGAAAACCUAAUGCAGAGUCAUGAUGUGCUGUUGAGUACAUUCAGGUCUCGGCUAACAAAGUUACAGGUGGUGAGGCAUUUCUGGGGAAGAAAAGAUGUCAAAGGAGCUAUAAGUGCUGUUAGGAAGUUGCCCGAUCAUUCUGUACAAGCAGAUGUAAUAGGUGUGCUCUUGGAUAAGAUGGAGGUUAUUACACUAGACUUGUUUUCUUGCUUACUGCCAGUGCUUUUAAGUUUAUUGGACAGCAAAGCUGAAAGGCAUGCUAGUGUCUCGUUGGAAAUGCUUUUGAAGCUCGUGGCCGUUUUUGGCACUGUAAUUCGUACCACAGUUUCAGGUCCUCGAGCAGUGGGAGUUAAUCUUCAUGCAGAAGAGAGGCUCGAAUGCUGCAAGCAGUGCUAUUCCCAUCUUCAGAACGUGCAAAAGAUUUUGCCGGAUUUGGUGAAGAGAGGAGGUACCGUAGCAAGGUAUGCACAACAACUGAAUCUUGUUCUACAACAAACAUAGAACGAGCCUGAAGCCAAAGAUCAUCAUAAACCGAAAGAUACAAAAAAAGAAAAAAAAGAAGAUCAAGAAAAGAUAGCUACUUACAGAUUAUUAAGUUCUGUAAGGAUUAAAGCUUCUGAAGCUUGCUGCCAUUCUGUAUCUUUUCACUUGCUGAUAAAAUGGCUUGUGUACUGUGCUAUGAAUACACGACACAGAUAGCGACUCGUGUCUAGUGCUAUGAAUACACGACACAGAUAGCGACUCGUCUGCACAACCGACUCAAAUUUAGUCUCAAAUCUUGUCAACAUUUGUCGUGUCUUGAAAGAAAAUGAUCAGUCCAAUUUAUAUAUAUAUAUAUAUAUAUAUAUAUAUAUAUAUAAAUUUUUAUUAAAUUUGAUAUUAAUAUUGUCUAAAUAAGCUUGUAACUCACAAUUUAAAACAGAUAGUUUUGUUGUGUCCAUGUUGAGGUUUGAAAAUAAAUUUCGUAUGUUGUUUGGAUAUAGUCGACUGUAAUUUAAUUUUUACUCACUCUAUUAAUUUUGUUAAUUAAUUGAU